CAGUUGAAAAAAGAUUAUCUGACUGGUGUAGGAGAUACACUGGAUGUAGUGGUGAUUGGCGGUUACUUGGGAAAAGGCAAGCGCACUGGUUCAUAUGGCGGAUAUCUGCUGGCCUGCUAUGAUCCGGAAAAUGAAGAGUUUCAGACCAUCUGCAAGGUAACUUAGAAUAUUUUUUUCUUUAACGAAAGGUUUGCUUUGCUCGUUUAUGUUCACGGCCAUUGUUCAGGGACACCCAACGAUGAAAUGUUUCCAAAUACGUUAAAAGCGUCUAAAAUGGCUUUCGCCAUGAUUUAGAAACCUGUUUAGUUAAUUUGUAGUUGCCCUCAAAACUAUUUAUCUGUUCGGAAAUCUUAAGGGAACUUUGUUCGUCCCGAAAAUUUUUAGGUGACGUUUUCGUUUGGUCCGAAACUGUUAGCAUGCCUCCGGUUGAAAGUUCGAGGACAUGGAGUUAGUCGUACUUUCAUUAGAAGAUUCUACUGAAAUUCCCCGAAAAUCGUUUGUAAGUCAGUAGAAAAACUCCAAUAUCUUAGACGAGUGAAACGGUUGUUCGCAAAUUUUUAGCCUUUUUGAGCUCUAGAAAUUUGUAGACAAUAUUUUCUUCUUCGAACAGUUAUUUUACAAAAGUCUUUGGGUGUCCCUGAUUGUUGUUAAGCAGCAAAUACAGAUUGUUUGUUUAUUUCUUUUUCUGAUUGCUGUGAUAUUUGCCAUUUGAGGAAUUUUCCCGCGCUAACUCUGUUGCAAGUCUCCCGCGCAUUGCAAUGCACUGGUUGUGUGUUUUACCACCUUUUACACCCUUCCCUUUUUUCCCGCUUUUUCGGCAACGUUUUUUAUCGCUCAACAAACGGCGAAUUUCUUGGAAUUUGUUAAACGGAACAGAACUCUUCUCUCUUCACACUGAGCAAAGGUCAAUUGAAUGGCCCACCAUUUCACUUUUCAACAUGGCAGUUUCAGAGCAUGAAGCAGUGUUCAGCAUUUUUUUGAACAAAAGCAGCAACAUUUUGUUACCAGCAAAUUUAUUGCACAAAUCAUACUCUCUCAGACACAUAUCACUAGUCUGGUAGACUGUUCACAUUCCGCUAUUGUUUCGUAAGAUCGUCAGGAUCGAGAGCUUAGCGGUAAGGGCGGCCAUCUUGGUUUCUUAUGUCCCGAGGGGGCGGACGUCGGGGUUCAAACGCAGAGUCAAGCAAUCGAUCGCGACGAUUUUACGGAAAAUUAGGGGACUGUGAACAGUCUACUAAUUUGGUUUUUAACUCUGGCAAUCAUUAACCUUUAAUUAAGUUUUAACUCCCCUAUCUUCCUCAGAUUGGAACUGGUUUUACAGACGAGCUACUUGACAAGCAUUACCAGUUUUUCAAAGAUCACGUGAUAUCACAACCGAAGGCCUACUAUCGCUAUGAUGACAGCCUUGAGCCUGAUCACUGGUUCGACGCAGUACAGGUG